GGUCCUGCCGCGGUUUCCUUUUGGGUCGCCGCCGCCCCGCCCUGCGGAUCUACAACCCACUUCGCCAAAGUUGCAGGAGGCUCAGUUGGUUUUUGCCCGCCGCGGAGGGAAGUUUCAACUUUUUCGGCGGCUGCUGUUGCUGCUGCUGCUGGUAGAGUCGAUUCAGGACGCUGUGGGCUGGUUGUGCCCUCUUGCUCCAGCAGCGGAGUUUUGAAGUUCCUCCCAACGGCGCCUUGAUCUUGAGAAGGAACCGACAGAACCGAUGUCUGCAAGCGUGGAGAUGCCUCUCCUAUUGUCAAGGUUUUCCUUCCAGUUCCAGAGUCUCCCAGAAGCGAUGCUCUUCCCCCUGGUGGUGAUGCUGCUACAGAUUGGAAGAACUCAUGGCGGCCUCCCUUUCUACAAUGGCUUCUACUAUGACCGAGACAUGAAUGAUAAAGCUCUGCUCAAUGGUGUUCGAUUGAUGGUGGAGACCUCUGAAGAUGCCAUCUUUACCCAGCGUGGUGCUAACAUUACACUGCCCUGCCAUUAUCACUACGCACCUAAGCUGGAUGCCCCUCGUAGGAUCCGUAUCAAAUGGUCCAAGCUUCGGGAAGACAACUCCAAAGACCGAGACGUGUUGGUCGCAUCUGGGCGAAAUCACCGCAGCUUUGGCGAGUUCCGUGGACGGACUCAUCUGCAGCAAGAUUCUCCUGACGAAGUUUCCCUGGUGAUCAACGACUUGCGCUUGGACGAUGCCGGGAAGUACCGCUGUGAAGUCAUUGAUGGUCUAGAAGAUGAAAGUGGGACCGUGGAUCUAGAACUGCAAGGAGUGGUCUUUCCUUACCAGCCUCCCCAUGGACGCUAUAAGCUUAACUUCCACGAAGCCAAGAAGAUCUGUGAAGAUCAGGAUGCAGUAAUAGCUUCCUUUGACCAGCUCUUCAAAUCCUGGUUAGACGGCUUAGACUGGUGCAAUGCUGGUUGGCUGAUUGAUGGCACAGUCCAGUACCCUAUCACGGUACCACGGGAACCUUGUGGUGGGCCUCACUUACAACCAGGUAUCCGAAGCUAUGGAGAACGUCACAAGAACCUCCAUCUCUUUGAUGUCUUUUGUUUCUCUUCUGCUCUGAAAGGGACUGUCUACUAUCUUGGGCACAAGAAGAAAUUCACCUUAGAAGAAGCCAAGCAGGCGUGCCAAGAUGACCAAGCCGAAAUUGCCAAGGUGGGUCAGGUCUAUUCAGCCUGGAAAUUCCUGGGCUUGGAUCGCUGUGAUUUUGGCUGGCUGGCAGAUGGCAGUGUGCGCUAUCCCAUCGCUUCUCCCCGACCCAACUGUGGUCCACCAGAACCAGGCGUCCGAAGUUUUGGCUUUCCCCAAACUGGGAAAUUUGGAGUCUACUGUUACAAGAUGAGCUAAGGAAAAGCUUCCUUCAUCCGUGGACAGCGUCCUUUUUAUCACCACUAGAGUUUAUUAUUUAAAGGGCCAGUCUCUGGGGGAGGGGGUCUGUUUUAACUGUAUGUUUUCAAGUUUCUGUUUUCUUUUGUAAUGAAACCAAAAAUGCUGUACAAGCUGUGAGAUGGAAAUUGAGCUGCCUUGGUGCUGAUUGGAGGAAUUUCCAGUUUCAUUGCCCAUUUAAUCAUGUGGUGGGAAAACCUGAGCUUAGGGACGGGGCACGUGCGAGUGAGAAGAGGUUCAUCUUUUUAUGAUGUCUUUUGCAAUGGGCUCCUGACAACAGCUGUCAGUCAGAUUAGGAAGCCAUGUGAAGUACCAGUUAGGCAGCUCUCAACUCUCUUGAGAAAGGAAUUCCUGCUCCAGUGCAACAUUCCCAACUCUUAGGAGCAUAUGAUCUCAAGUGGUCCAGUAUUUACAACUUUUAAACCGAAGUGGCCAUUUUAACAGCUCAGGACACUGUACGAUAAGUGACUACAUUAUUACUUAAAAGGCCUUGAAGGAUCAGAAAUAAGAUCCGUUUGUCUUCUGGCUGGUUGGCAAGAAUCUCCGGACAAAAAUGGAUGCAGAAGAGGCUGUUUCUCGAUAUCUUUUCUCCAGUUCUUCAGGACGUCAGUAUGAACUGUGGAAAAUGUGAUUCCUUCCGAUAAAUGAUGAAAUGGACCUAGAUCCAUAUUGAGCAGCGCCUGUUAUGUCACGAAUUCAUCCCCUCCUCUCAUCUUUUUAUAAAGUGACAAGAAAGUGGAAUGGCUGGACGGAGUUAGCACAAUAGGCUGUGCUGUCUUGUAUUUUGUUUGGGGUUGGCGUCGAUAGUUGUGCAACCUCAACCAUUCAGUAAACCAUAGUUAAACGAUGGCUUGGAGUAAUGUCUGAAUCAAGGUUUCUAUCUUUGUACAGCCAUACACAUAAACCUCCUCUAAUUUAGAGUUAGACCGGUUUGAGGAGAAAACAAAGAAUCAUUUUACAAUCUGAUGUUCAGCUUACUAUAAGGGCAGGCAAAUAUGGGCCUGGAUUAACACAUCUCACUGAGCCAUGUUGUUGUGUCACUUUUUUUCGCAGAACAAGCGAAAGUCCGUUAAUGGACCAAUUGCUUCCUUACCUUUUGUAUUGUCAAAUGUGACUUGAACAUUGUCUUGUGGGGUCUAAAGAUGGGGGUCUCUGGGAUGUCUGCUAAUAAAACUGGGAAGAAACCACCCAAAAAA